AUGAUCUUUGUGAAAGAUGUCCCUCUCUUCAAAGAGACUUACGAACAAGAGCUCCGAGCCAAUCCAAGUGAUUCAGAUAUUAGAUUUGCAUUCAACAGAUGCAAUAUGCGAAUUGAUAAUGAAACAAGAAAGUACGAAUCACUUCUCACUAAAAUUCAAGAAUGUCACGCACCACGUCUUGUCUAUUUAGACGCCGCUUCCAAAGCCUCCAAUCAGUCCGAACUUUCCUCUCGCAUUUCUUUAGUCAAAGAUGAAGUUACACUUUUAGAGAAGAACAAUGACUUGGCACUUGAUCAAUUGAUUGCUGUAAGGAAGGCCGAAAAGGACUUGAAAUUGAAAGCUUACCCUGACAAAGUGAAAUCAAUAGAAGCUGAGUUUGAGGAGUUUAAAGACAAAUACAACAAACGAAAAUUCAAAAAGGCUUCAAAGCCUGUUGAAGCCCCCAAAGAAGUUAAAAAGGACGAGAAAAAAGAAGAAAAGGUGAAAAAGCCAAAAGACGAAGAAAAAGAGGCGAUGAAGAAAGUUGACAAAUUACGAAGAGAAGAACUUUGUGGCAAAUGGAUGAAGAACACCAUCACCGAGAAACAACUCAAGAAGAUUGAGAAACACGCUGAUAUGAAGUUCCAAAAGGUGUGCGACUGGCAAACUCAAGGAGAUCUCGACCCGUUUGGCUUCCAAAUGAAUACAGCAAGACUCGAGUUAUUUAGAGCAGAUAAUGGACGUGUUUUUGGAGCAUUUUUAAAGGGCAUCAAUGGAGGAAAAGUCAACUUCUUGUUUACCAUCAGAGAAGAUAAAGUCAAGUUCUUUGAUUUGAAGGAAGGCAUGGAACCAUUUGUAUUCAGAUAUGAAAGACCAUUUAAAAUUAUAUUUGGAGGAAAACUUCAAAUUGGAGAUUUGGACGUGAAGAUCAGUUUAGUGAAAAGUAGAUAUGGGUUUAACAUUGGAAGUUUCGAAGCGAAAUCAGUGCAACUCUGUUAUAACUACGGCGAUGAGGAAAAUGCAUUGUAUGGUGCAGAUUCAUGCAAAGGUAAAGUCAUGUAUGACUUGACACCAGCACAGUUCUAA